GUGGGGGCGCGAGGGCCUUGGAGAAACACGUUUCUCGUUUGGCUCAGCUUUCCCGUACCAUGGCGGCCCCCGUGCAGCAGCCUCCUCAGCCUGGCGGCGGGAAGCGCAAAGGCAAGGCUCAGUACGUGCAGGCCAAGCGGGCUCGACGCUGCGAAGGCGGCGGGCCCCGGCAGCUGGAGCCCGGGCUCCAGGGCAUUCUCAUUACCUGUAACAUGAACGAGCGCAAGUGCGUGGAGGAGGCCUACAGCUUGCUCAACGAAUACGGCGACGACAUGUAUGGGCCAGAAAAGUUUGCAGACAAGGAUCAGCAACCCUCUGGAAGUGAGGGAGAAGAAGAUGAUAUGGAGGCUGCCUUGAAGAAAGAAGUUGGUGACAUUAAGGCAUCUACAGAGAUGAGGCUAAGAAGAUUCCAGUCAGUGGAGAGUGGAGCAAAUAAUGUAGUCUUCAUCAGGACACUCGGGAUAGAACCUGAGAAACUGGUGCAUCAUAUUCUUCAAGAUAUAUACAAAACCAAGAAGAAGAAAACUCGGGUUAUUUUACGAAUGUUACCCAUCUCAGGCACAUGCAAGGCUUUCUUAGAAGAUAUGAAAAAAUAUGCAGAAACAUUUUUGGAACCCUGGUUUAAGGCUCCAAACAAAGGGACAUUUCAGAUUGUAUACAAAUCUCGGAAUAACAGUCACAUGAAUAGAGAAGAAGUUAUCAAAGAAUUGGCAGGAAUAGUAGGCAGCCUCAAUUCGGAAAAUAAAGUGGAUCUUACCAAUCCACAGUACACAGUGGUAGUAGAAAUCAUUAAAGCUGUCUGUUGCUUGAGUGUUGUGAAAGAUUACACGUUGUUCAGAAAAUACAAUCUCCAGGAGGUGGUGAAGAGUGCUAAGGACCCGUCACAGCUUAACCCAAAGCAGGCAGUGCAAACAGGAAAUGGAAAAGAAGCUAAAUUGGAAUCUGGUGACAAAUCAAAUCAAAAUGACCCAGCCGAAGGAAAAAAUAACCAGCAGGUGCUACCAGAGAAUAGUGAGGAGCUGGGUCAGACAGAACCAAUAUCUGAGACACAUGUGGUGAGUGGCGGGGUGGCUAAACCUGAACUUGCAAGUCAAGCAGAAGGCUCUGAGUCAAAUGAAAAUGACCUCUCGUAAGGAAAAAAAUCAUUUGAUGUUGAAGGUGGAUUUCUCAACUGCGGUUCUGUGAGACGUUGCUGGGAUUCCAUAUAAAAUUGUGACUAAACAUAUUGCUUUUGAGUUUGUGUGCUGUGUAAUGCUGUACUCACAAUAAUUGAGCAGCCCUGUUAAUAGUUUUGUUCGAGAUAUUUCAGCCCUGUAUGGCAGUUUGCAGUAGGCCCACAUGCAUUUGGUUGAGCUAGAAGAGGCUGUUGUUAAAUUGGUGAAUGCUACUGCACAGAGUGGAGGGUGGUGUGAGGAGGAUGUUGGCCUCUCCCUCAUGAUUACCUUCCUCACUCUCCCCUUCUGCACUCCCAGCUGACUUAUGGGAGUGAACAAGCUCUGUGAAAUCGAAACUCACGGGGAUUUUCAUUCUAAGGAAGGAAUUUUCGCAUGUUGCCACUCAGCUGUUGCCUGCCAUUUUGUUGUAAACAUUGCAAAAACAUGGGUCAUAUAGGUUAGAAGUGAAUUGUUUUGUACUUUUUGUGAUUUUGUUGUUUAGCUUUUAUGCCCCUGCCCCUUCUUUUUUUUGGCCACGCCCCAUGUGGAAUCUUAGUUCCCCUACGAGGGAUUGAACCCACGCCCCCUGCAGUGGAAGCUGUGCCCAUUUUUAUGCUUUAAUAACAUUUGUUACAAACAAAUCUGAUGAUCCAGUGCUGCAGUUUUUGAAGCCAAGGUGUGAGAUAGAAGUGUUCCAUUCUAGGCAUAGAAUUACAGACAUUUCCGAUAAGGUUAGUUAUGAAGAAUUAGUCUUCUGAGCUACUACAGUAUACUAGGGCAACAAGGGACUCAUUCUUUACAGUAUAAGCUACUUCACAAUGUAAAUCGUUAUAUAAUCCAAGCGGUUCCGUUCCAUUGUUUAGCCUUUGUGAAAUGCAAUUUACAAACCAAACAUUUGGUUCAGCAGUUUUAACUACGUAACCCCUUGACAAAGAAAGAUGAUUAUUUUAAUGGCUUUGGAAUAUCAAGACAGUAAAGCUUUUGUUCAGAAAGUCACAUUCAGUGAAAAGAUUUAGGAAGCAGAUUAUUUAGUAGCAGAACUUUUUCCAGAAAAGAAAAAUUCACAUAGUUGGUAAAAAUCUAAAGGAACCAACAUUAAAAUGCUAGGUCAAGAAGCAGUAUAAGAAAUUGAAAAGACUCGUAAUAAAUUGACUUAUGUCAUGUGAUGCUAAAGAGGUUUUGUGUGGGCUGAUGAAUCAACAGAUUUCAUGAAUAUUUGUCAUGCUAUAGCCUUUGUAAGAUUUGUAAAUGAGGAGGAAAUUCAAGGAAACUUUCGGUUGCUAGGAGCCUCCUAAAGCAAUGCUCAUUGUAAAUUUAAUAGGUCUUCAUAUCUGAAAACCAACAGUCUGUCAUCUGUACUCCUGGUGCCCUAUCAGUGGCUGGCUCCAUGACAAGUUUUGCCUGAUUUUAAUACAAGAAAAUCCUGAUGUUGGUGUUGCAGCACACUGUGUAACAGAGAAGUGCUUAACAUGGCUUAACAGGUGUUACAGCACACUGCUUAACAGAGAAGCACUGAUAUAAAAAACUUGGAGAUGAAAUGAAGAAAGUUCUAAAUAAUGCUACAAAAAUGGUUAAUUUAAUUAAAGAUCCAUUUAUGCAAGAAUGUUUAAAAAAAACCAACUAAAACCUGAACAAAGAGCACAUAAAUUUCCUACAUACAGAAAUCCAGUACUUAUCAGAGGAAGAGUUCUCCACAGGAUAUUUAUAUUGAAAGGUGAAUUACCAGUAAAUUAUAAGUACAAGAAAAUAUUAGGCCAGAUUUUGCUAAAUGCUUUGAAGAUGAAGAAUGAGUACAGAAACUAGUCUAUAUAGCCAACAUUUCUUCAUUAUGAGAACAAAUGUACAGUUUAUGCAAGGGCCUGGAGAAAAGUGUUUUUUUCUUAAAAGUGACAGGAGUCUUAGAUUAAAAGAAACUGACUCUUUGGAAUGCGUAAGGCACUCUUGAAAUGUUUCCACAGCCACUUGGGUUUGAGAAUGAAGAAAGCAACAAGUCUCAAGCCUUAUUUAAACUCUGCUUGAAGAACUGCAAAACCAAAUUAAAUAGCAUUUCCCCUCUGUUUUCCAAUGCUGGUGGGUAACUGGGUGAGGAGCCCUUUUUCAAAAUCGCAGCCUGAGAUUUUGUCAUUGAGAGAAGAGGAAGAACUCUGAGAGUCCUAUUCUGACAGUUCUGGAUUUCUGUGAAACAAGAGUAUCCUUCAACUUAGUGCUGCCACUCACAUACAUUGAGGGUCCCCUUAAUUUGAAAGUUUUUUCAAAGGUUCCUCCAGGGUAAAACUGAGAAAAGGUGGAAGAGACAGACACCAAAGAGGGCUGCAAAAUAAAAUGUCCGGAUUGAGAAUACUAAGGGGUUGUGAAAUUAGCUUUUGGUGUUGGAUUUAUUCUUAAGUUUUAACAAGUUCAAAAGUGUUAAGUGUUCCUGCAACAAUAGCUGUAUUUGUUUAUUGGCUAAUGAACAUGGAAAUAUAUUCUUAUCCUCCUAGCUAGUGGUUCUGCUGGUAAAUCAGCCUAGAAGGAUUUGGGAAGGGCAGAGAAAAUAGAAAGGGCCUUGCUAAUGCAGAUGAGGCUGGAACUUCCUUAUAUAUCUUUAGAUAUUUAGAAUGUUAACUCUUCAUAAGUUGAAGUUAUCUUGAAAGGAUGAUAAGAGCAUUGUAACUAUCAUUGGGGGAACAUGGAUGAUAGGAUUUUGGUGCCUUCAUCAGACUUUUUCCAAGACGAAGAUACUUUUAUUUUGAUAGUACAAGACUCUGGAACUCUGGGAAUAACAUUGGCUGUAUGUUUACAGAACAUACAACUCUGUGGAACUGGGUUCCUUUUAUUUUGUGAAAGCUGCUACUCUACAGAAAGAUUUUGAUUUAGUAGUUUGUUUUUAUUCCCCUUUUGUAUUUAUUUGUAUUUGGUAAGACCUUAGUGGGACAAAAGUUAUUCUUCCCCAAGUAUAAGGUAGUACUGUGUUCUGUUGGAAUCUGAAUUUGUUCAUUGAAAGAUUUGUUUUCAGGUUUACCAGCUGUUUAUUUUCACUGACAUUUGAGCAUGUUAUUCAAUAAAUGAUGAGACUCCCAAGUGGGAAUUGAGUGCUUUUUGUCCUUUUAAUUUUUAUUUUAAACAAUUAUGUCAAACUCCACCUCAGUGUUGUGGUUUAGUAAACUUGUUUUGCUCUUUGGAGGAGAGAGUGUUAAAUUUGAUAUUUUAAAACAUGUUUCUCUACUGUUAAAUGUGAUUUCUAAAUAUUAUUUUUCUUGUAUUUUGCUUUUGGUAUGGCCAGAUAUUCGGCUUGUUUUUCAUAGUUCCAGAUGUUUUUAGAAAAAUCAAAAUAAAUUUGUUCCUUAAAGAUUGGUGUUCUCUAUCUCUACUUUUUUUCUGCCUCUUAGUAAAU